AUGUGGCGGAAUCGGAGUCAAGAAUGGGAACACCAGAAAUCAAACUUAGUCCGAAGCUUAUUCGAGGAUUUGCCAGGGCUACCGACAGUUUUAGAAACAAAUGAACUGAGAUCCAAUUUAUCUGAUAUAUCUUCAGCAGACGGUUCGUCCAGAUCAUAUAGUCCUCUGCCAGAUCUUAUUAUAGAAAGGGAAAAGAACCGUCAUGAUGAACCGGAGGAAUACUAUCAGUUAUUAGAAAGAAAAAUGCUCAAAUUAUAUAGAAAAUUAUUCCAUGGUGUUGAAUAUGAAACCGAUUCCGAAAAUGAUAUUUAUACUAAAAUCAUUGAUAUUAAAGAUAAUGAGGCUGAUUCUGAGGAUGAUAUUUCUAAAGAUGAACAUUUGUCAAGUAAGUCUACUGAAGUUUGUACCUCCAAAACAAGUUCAAAUGAUAUAAGUGUAUUAAACAAAGGUGCUAUGAGCUCCGAUCUCAAUGAAAUAGAAAAUGAAAGCGGUUCUUCAGACUUGAAUUUCGAGUUUUUAAAACCAUUAUUUAAAAUAAAUCAGUCAGGAAGAAACAAUCAAGACUCAACUAGUUCAAAUUUCACUGUGGUUGUCACUGAUGAUUCAGAUGAAAUUGAAAUUAUGCGAAGAGAUAAACGUGAUUCAAAAUUACUAUGUCUCACUCCAGAAGAUAUGAUGUCUAGUAAAGAGAGCCUUACUCCAGUUAUUGAAAUGGAUAAAGAAUUUUUACUUAUGGAAAAUAUUACCCAUUUCGAUGAUUCAAUACCAGUACCGGUACCAGAUACCGGAACAGCGUCAGAAUCUAACGAGAUACAAGAAAUGACAAUAAAUACUUCAUUACAGCACUCAGAAAAUUCCGAAAAAUCAAAUAACUCUCCUUUAAAACGCGGCAGUUCUCAUAGCUGCUCGGACAUUGCCGAAGGGCUACCGACAGUUUCAGCAACAAAUGAACUGAGAUCUAAUUUAUCCGAUAUAUCUUCAGCAGAUGGUUCGUCCAGAUCAUAUAGUCCUCUGCCAGAUCUUAUUAUAGAAAGGGAAAAGAACCGUCAUGAUGAACCGGAGGAAUACUAUCAGUUAUUAGAAAGAAAAAUGCUCAAAUUAUAUAGAAAAUUAUUCCAUGGUGUUGAAUAUGAAACCGAUUCCGAAGAUGAUAUUUAA